UUCAACUACCAACUGCUCUUUUCCCCCCUUUCCCAAAUGAGAUAUCAAGAUGCCAUGAACAUGAUGCAAACAGUUGCCACUUUUCCAAUUUUAGAAACUAUCCCCUUCUUUCAGUAAUCUGAUUCAGAUCCUAUUCAGUGUUUUCUAGGGUUUUCUUGUUCUACCUCUGAUGUCUAUACAUCUAAUUUUGGGGACAUAUUUUUCCUUUGAUUUCUAAAAAGCGGGUCUUUUAAAGAUUCUUAUGGUGGUUGGCCAUAGCAAACACCAAAAAAGGCUAUUCUGAUUCCUUUCAAAAAUGCUUCCAGGUUUAACCCUCAUAUUUGUGUUAUAAAGGCUUCCUACAUUUUCUUCCCUGUUUCUUGAAGAAAGAUCCUUGAAAAUUUGAUCUUGAAUUUAGGGUUUUGUUUUAGAAUCGAUUUCAAUGAAGUGGGAAACGGAAAUCUUGUCACCAUCUUCAUAUAUCUCGAAUUCAUCAAGUUGGGUGAUGGAAGAUAGCUUAAAAAGCACAAUCUGGACUCCGGCAGAGAACAAACUGUUUGAGAAUGCUCUUGCGAAGUUCGAUAACGACACCCCUGAUCGGUGGCAGAGGGUGGCGGAGAUGGUUCCCGGGAAGACGGUGGCUGACGUCAUGCGGCAGUAUAAGGAGCUAGAAGACGAUGUAAGCAAUAUUGAAGCAGGGUUCUAUCCCAAAUAUCGGUAUAAUAACAGCACUUCUCCUUUUACUUUAGAAUGGGUAAACAAUCAUGGGUUUGAUAUGUCUAAAUCUCCGCCAUAUGCCGCCGGGGGGAAGAGGUUUCCGGUGGCUGUGGUCGCCGCCGGCCGCCCUGUUGAACAAGAAAGGAAAAAGGGUGUUCCUUGGACAGAAGAAGAACAUAAAUUGUUUCUUUUGGGGCUAAAGAAAUAUGGGAAAGGAGAUUGGAGAAAUAUAUCGCGAAAUUAUGUGGUCACAAGAACACCAACACAAGUUGCGAGCCAUGCUCAGAAAUAUUUUAUUCGGCAGCUUUCGGGCGGGAAAGAUAAGAGACGAGCGAGCAUUCACGAUAUAACCACCGUCAACUUAACUGAAAACCAGAAUCCUUUGCCGAAAAACAAAAGAACGUCGCCGGAGCAAUGUCAAUGGAAUCAGCCCAACGGUGGUGGUGGUGGUGCCGCCAUGGCAUUCAACCAAACCAACGUCUUCAAUUCUCCUCGAUAUAGAGGUAAUGGCGGGUUUAGAAUGGGCGGCGGUGGCGGCGGUUUACAUGAAUUUUAUGGUGGAGCUCAAAGCAUGGUUUUUCAGAUGCAGCCCGCGAUGCAUUACCCUCACGGAUGAGCGUAUUUGAUCGAAAACGUAUGUAGUGAUUUUUCGAAAAUGGUUGCUUUCUUUUCGGUUUGAUUUAAGUAGUUUUUCUAGAUAUUCUUCUUUGGUGUUUUUCCCGGGUAUGUAUCUUGUGGUGUUAUCUACAAUGUGAAUAUUAUAGUUCUUAGACUCGAUCAUGA